AUGGGUAAUGAACAGGGGGCACUCGAGAGGGCCCAGAAGAACCCCUGUGACGAGCACUUGCCCCCGGGGCCGCAAUGUCCCCUAAAAUCAGCGGGGCGAUCAAGUGCAACGAUCGGAACUGGGGAGGAGGAAGCCACCGUGGCGAAAGAGGAAUCUACUCCCAUUUCGGCGAAUUCCUCAAAAGACGUCACGUAUAUUGACGCAGAACCGGAAACUCUCUCUGAAUCGCCUAGCCUGCGGGUGGGAAAGGAUACCGCGGAACGGACGAGGCGUCGUCCGCAAGAACAACACGAAAGAGGCACUGCUCCGCCUUCUUCCAAAAUCACAGAAGGACCUCAGAAGAAUAAGCAAAGUGGCGCCGCCGAAGGAACGGAAAACGCAAAUCUCUUCGUGGCUUCUGAAAAUUGUGAUAGAGAAAAGAAAACAAAAUCAUCGAUGGAGGUCCUCUCCGCUCCCCUUCUCACGGACCCUGGCGUGCCGAACGGCGCCGGAGCCGAAGGGCCCUCACCGGCAUGUGUUCUAUCCCCGGCCAAUAGCAAGAAGCCUCCCUUGGACGAGGUAAAGAGAAAGGACAAAGAACAUCCAGGCAAUGAGAAGCUGGACACGUCGUUGAAACAUAACGACCACAGUAUACACGACGAAAACAACCCACACUUUUCUCCAACCGACCAGACUGUCUACACCCUGCCGACGCUGCUACAUGUUUGGCAGACGACUAACGGCUGUUCAGAGAGAGACAAGAAAGUGGCGCUCCGAAAUUCUGUCAGCCACACGGAAGCUUUCCGGGGUGAGAACGAGGAAGAACAAACACCUCUGACUGGAUGGCGACUGUGCGAAAGAGACGUAUACUGCGAUUCGAGCCCCCCCUCAGCGCAGAGAGGCUCCGCAGGUAUCUCGCCUGUAGCUGCAUGUCGCAGUCCCGCUGGCCUGUUUCAGAACCCUUUGCCGGCUCCCGUUGCAGACUUCGGGGUACCCCCGACAGGGCGGUCUACACUCUCCCCAUCCCCGGCUGCCGCAGUGCCGCCGCCGCAUCUUCCCUGUCAUCAGCCGCUGAGAGACGUUUCUUCUCUCCAGGGCGGCCAGAGCAGUCCCGCGUUUGAUGCGGCGUCGCCUCCUUUUCAUGAGACCCAUGCAGAUACGCAGAUAGAACCACAGCUGGCGAGGCAAGGCCCUGCGCCGCGAGGUGCCCGGCUAAACCCUCUUGCCCCCGCUUUCGAACCCCCUCAAAUCCUCCAGCUGCAGCAUCUCCGAGCCGCCGCGACCGUCAGCGGCGCAAGCACAACGUGCAGCCUGAGGAGUGCGCAGGGAAAGAAGGUUCUCCUCACUUCCAUUCCCGUCCACGACACUCGCCCGCCCGUGGGCCGAACUGUGUCCUACGUGUUCCCUCAACGCCAGUCGUAUUCACCCAUUCUUCGCUGCAGUAGCACAGGUCCAUCCGUGGCCCAGCAACGCCCACUUCUCGUCCCUCAUCCGCCGCCUCCGUUUCCCCGAAUGGACGGUCUCGGAACCUCGAAACGAGGAGGACUGAUUUGUGGCACUCACCCAGCGAGCGUUUCAAGGUACACCACGAUGCCUGCGCACUCAGGGUGUGGACACCCCAACAGCGGCGGGGCGUCUUGGGGGUUCGGCACCGGCCGCGCUGGGGCCUCGGCCACGAGCCGGGGACUCUACCGAGAACUGGCCGAAGUCGUCGACCCUGCUGAGGCAAAUAAACUGCUGCUCCAGUUAGGGAGGAAGAUGCGGCUGACCCACUUGCAGGUUCAAGUCGUCGUGAAGAAAGCGGGGCCAUCAGGCCUCCGCCUCACUGACCUCCCUGCAGCGUUCUUGAAAGAGCACAACGCAGUCCUGGACCUCCGGAGCCUCGGGCUCCUGCAAAUCCGUGAACUGAUUGCAGGCAUGAGUCGGGCUCUGGUUCUCGAGGCCGACGAGCCUCCCGUUGCUCCCCAAGCCGCUGUGGCAGACGGGGAGAGGGAUGGGCCUCGAUCAGCCGAGCUACAGAAACGCUCUUCGCGCUCUCCGUCCCCCUCUCGCGUUGCAGCCGUUUCUGCGCUGGGCCCCGGCACCCCUGAAAAAAACGACGCUGGCAAGCCGCAGCUUUCGUCACAAAAAUCCCACCUCCAGGGGGGAAAGACCGAGAAGACAGAGUGGACCGCUCGCCAGUCUCCCCGUGUUUUUGCGGUGGAUGAUGAGUCGCGCCUCAAACUGAAAUUGGGAGAGCCCCUGCCUCCAGUAAUGAAAGAGCUGCUCCAGCAUCUGCUCAUUUCGCUGGUCGCAGACGCUCUCCACCACGCGACUCCCCCGGCCAGCGUGGCGACGUGGACGGCGACGGGUUCCCCUGAACAGCCAGCUGCUGGACUGUCAAGGCCCCCGACGCACGCGGCCUCCUUGGCAACGGUCAUGAGCCCAGAGGCCCUGUCUCCUCAAGCGCUGCCUUCCUCUCAGUCGCCUGAGACGCGGGUGCCGAGCCCGAGGUCCAUCGGCUUUGAAAGCUCGCCAGCGCUCGCCUUUUCCCUUUCGCCGACUGAAAAGACGCACACCGCGCCAGACGCGAAAGAAGGAGAACGUGAGCCCGGAAAGAGGGCGGCUUCUCCGGGGACUCCUGGCUUUGUACCAGGCACAGGAAGCAAGAAACUCACAGGUAGCUCGCCGAACGGCGGAACGAACAAGGGACUUCCCAUCCAUAUUCUCCCCACCCUGUGGCAGCUCAAGUACGGGCUACGGUGCAACCUAUCAGCGAUGCUGGAGACAUGUGGCUACACGUCUCUCAGGACGUUUAUCCUUGACGAGUUGCCCAGCUUGCAUAUCUCGCCCUCUGGAUCGCAAGUCACUCUGCGACUCACGCCAACUGCGCCUCGGGCUCCUGCACCAAAAACCGCCCACCCAAGGGAAAAGGCAGCGCUCGAUGGAAAGCAGACGCUCCAGGAUGGCUCCAAAAUGACACUUCAAGCCCUCGGUUCGGCGCCUCCACAGCUGACCAAGCCGGCCGUCUCACCGAGUGGCCUGAACGCGGGAAGUGCAAGACGUGAAAGGCCCCUCGACUCAGCUGUCAAAAAGCUGAACCCGAGGAGCCUUCUGUCCACGAGGAAGGCAACGCACCCAACCAUAGAGGCUGUCGCCACGGCGGCAGUUGCCGCCGUUCAGGCCUCCGGGGUGUCUCUUUCCACGCUCCUGGUCGCUCUGUCUUCUGCCGCGCGUCGCCAAGCAGCGCGAGGCGCUGACGCGGGUUCGACGGGCGAGAACCAAUGUGGAGGGCGUCCACAGGCGGUGGGCUCGAUGGAUCCGUCGCUUUACGCUGCGGGGCCCCAAGAGGCUUCGUGGAAGAGCAGUGCGGGCGGCGCCGGUGCGCCUCCAGCCGCGAUGCUGCGCGAGGCUCUGCACGGCUCGCCCACCCGAGAUACGGAAGGCAGCUGGCCCCUGGUUGAGGAGGGAUCUGCGGAAGACCGUCCACAGCAGCCCGCGAUGGAGACAACCAUCCGCGAUUCUGCGUACCCGAAAGAGAUGGUGGAUAAGGCGAUAUCUGAAGAAGCCCGUUCGAACGAGGGACUUCGCCAUGCGUCGCCCAGCUUCACUCAGCAAAGAGCACCUCCACUCGCUUCUCUACCUGUCGACAAGGGCAAACCGAUUGAAGCUGGCGCCCUGUCUUCGCAUACGCAGUCUCCAGAGAUGGCCAGUUCGGAGAUCGCCGCAGACGCUGGAUCCAGUGCACAGAAGUCGCCCUUUCAAACCAAGAGUGGAACUGAGAACGCGCAACCGCCUGCUCCUCCAGUAGAAUGUGAACUCGUGUCUCGUCUCCAUCUUCACCGCAUGCUGUACGAAGUGAUCGCGCUGGGGUGCGAGAAGCGCGGACGAAGAUGGGCUAGAGGUGAGGACUUGAUUGAGUUAGAAGAAGAACUGCAGCAGUUCAAAGCAGCGGCGCUCAAAAGCAAAGAGCUCCAGGCUUCCGGCCCUCGAGGUGGAAAGGGGACUUCAUCGGCAGCCGUCGCAGACAGGCGGGACGCAGGAGCCCAGACAAAACAGACUGAGAAAUCUCCGCCCUUCUUCGGAUUCUCGUCGUCGUCCCUGCCUGCAUCCACGGGCUGUGAGACGGGCGGAGAGGGAGGCGGGCGCCUGUUGUCCUGCUCGCCUGGCAAGACUCCCCACGCAGAAGACAAAGGCGAAGAUGCAGAGCACAGCACCGAUGAAGAUGACAGCAACAACGAGCACAACGGAGCCGGCUCCACGCCCUCCUCGGCGGUAAAGGGAGACGACUCAGACGAGAAGAAGACAGAGACGGAGGCUGGGGACGCGACUCCGGAAGCCGGCGAGGAGGCGCAACUGGUCGAUGCACGUCUUCUGCGACGUCGCAUGAAGAAGAGGGAGAAAAAGGAGAAAAAGAAGAGAAAGAGGGAGAAGUUGAGGGCACUGGACGAACACGAAAUGGAGCAGAGGCGCCUCCUGAGUCUCGUGGAUCUUAUGCGGCUUCCUCCGUCUCCAUCCACUGCUCAGCACCCCCUUGGAACAGCGUCUCCGUUUUCCCUGGCAGAUGAAGAAGAUGGCCCGAGCUCACCGUUCUCACAUGUGUCUCCUUCUGGCGGUCAACCGCACUCAGGCGUUACGCUCCCACCCCCCGGCACCUCGUUGCCGCACGCACUUGGCGCCUGUGAGCAAGGGGAAAACGCCGUGGCUUCUAAGGACGGAACCAAAAGCCUCGUUCCCUUUUUGAGCGCCGCUGAGGCCUCCGACGGUGUCGCCGGAAGUGCGCCCGCAGCUGUGAGCCGGUCUGCUCCAGGCCCUGAAAGAAGCGUCUCCGCUGAUGUCCUCUCGGGCUGCAGCUCUGUGGGAAGCGCAGCGGGAGUCCCGCCUGGGGAUGCAGACCAGCUGCUCUCUUUGGCCACUCCUCCGCAACGCCCGAUUUCGCAGCUGCGUCUCUCUCUGUCUCCUGAAGAACUUGCGACGGAGCUCCAGAGCUUCCACAACCGAGCUAUCGGUAUGCUGGUCUGUGCAAUCAAAGUCGAAUGGGAGAGACACUUCGGACCGCAAACGCCUUCACUACAGGCGUACAUGGACCACUUUCAAGUGCGCCAGCUGAAAGCGCUGCUCCUCGAAGUCCCAAAUCUCCUCAUUGUCGGAUCUGGCGGCAAGAUGCGUGUGUCGACGCUCGAGCAUGCCAUGCAAUUCUGCAAUCCCUUUCCACCGCCCUCCACAGUCUUCGCCAGUCCGGCGGGGAAGAAAAUCAGCCUACCCCUCACCAUGACACCAUCAAGUCCGCUUCCCUGGUUUCGGGCCCACGCCUACACUCACGACGUGGGAAGCAACGCGUCGGUGCUGUCCCACCUGGAGACAGAGACGGUGGGCGGCACGGCGGAAGCAUUUCGACACAGUCAGGGCGGAGAGUGUGAGGGCGGCGAGGCGCCGGAGGCUUGCCGGGGACAAAGGGAACACCCGGGCAAAGGGCGAAGGGAAAAGACGAGUGACACCGAGGAAGAGCGAAGAGCGGAAGGCCAGAGAGCCACAUCAAGUGCUCCGCUGAGGAACGAGAAGCGCGAAAUUGGCGAACAGGACACCGAGCAGAACCAGAGAGACGAUGGCGAUGACAAAUGCGCAGACGCGAGAUGUGCGCGAGAGGGAGAAAGGGAGAAAGCCACCGCGCCCUCGGUCUCCCCUCCGUUCGCGAGGAGAGCCGUCCCCCCCGAAAGCGCACUGAAAUACAUGCAUCACUCUCUACUGCCGUCUCGCUCGCCUGGUCGAGUAGACCCUUCACGGACACUGGUGACCGAGAGAGACGACAACCGCGUCUCGAACCCUCUGCCUUGCCUGUUGCCUCUGUCAGCUUCUCAGCAAAGAAGAAGAGACGAAAGGAUGGACACAAAAGGCGUCGUUCCGCGGCAACCGGUCGGUCUCUCGGCGGAGGAGAAGCCAGAAGGCCUAAUCAGGCACACGCCUCGUUCCGAUCCCACGCGGCCACCUCCACAUCUUUCCUCUUCGAGAACCGAGGGACAGCGACAGCUGAACGAGGAGGCAGUAGGGACUCUCUUGCACGUAGCUCCCCGGAAGCAUCGCGAGACAGACGGAAAGUCCCACCCUUUUUCCUCCACCUCGGAGUCUGUCUAUCCGAUGCCUCCUGGCUUCAGUCGUUUGCCACCGGUCUCAGAGGCGGUGCCGCCCCCCGCGCGAGCCUCUGUCGUCACGGGUCCGCCCUCGUUUCGUACCCCCCGUGGUCGUCCGCCUCCUCCGGGCCAGACUGUGUCCGCGGCGACGUCUCCACACGGCUCGUCUUCUCACUCGGAGUUCCCCAGACCGUCAGCUCCGCAGCACGUGACCACCUGGGGAAGCGAGUCGCCGCCUGACUCCGGGGGCCGCAACGUGUCGUCGACGGCAUUGCCACCUUGGACAGUGGGACAGGGUGGGGCCCUGUCCCAACCGCCUUGUGCCGUGGCCCAAAAGCCCCUCCCUCCUGACACAAUUGCAGACCUCGAGCGUCUCCUCGUGCGCCUUCUUUUGAUGGACCCUCCAACAGGCAGCGCGGCGGCUGCGGCGGCUGCGGGCCUCAGUUCGGCUCCAGCGCCCACUGCGUCCCCGGAGCUGUCCGGGUGUGGCUCUGUCUCCUUUUCGUCGCUGCUCACCCUGGUGAAGGCGGCUCAGCAGCUACACAGGAGCAACGAGAAUCUGUGGAGCCACGACGACAGCGGGGGGGCCCGAGAAGAGAUCCCGGCCGCAAAGCGAGAGGCCGAGGCGCAGCCAGGCCUCGCGCCGGACAUGGACGCACGCAGCCAAGUCCUUUCCUUCCAGUCUUCCCGCGCGUCGACCCCUCCUUCGCCCCCUACACAAGGCUUCUCUCUCUCACCUUCUCCCAGCCCACUGCUUCUCCAGCCCUGCGCGCCACGGACACGCCAUAUGGCGCAUGCAGAAGACAGACGGGAAGUUCCGGGCGAGCCCAGACGUUUCCCAACCUGCUCGGCUAUGCAACCAAUCCCGGGGCCUCCCGGUAUUACGUGCCCGUUCAGGGCUUCGCCUCCCUACGGAGAUACUGAGCCUGCCCACAUGUUCCGCUAUGAUAGCUUCGGUGGGAGGCGAAGCAGCCUGGAGAACCUCAACGAGCAGGGCGGAAUGGCACCGACCCUUCCUCAGCUGAGUCUUCAGAGACACAUGGAACCGCGAGCCGGGGCGCUCCUUGGAAACGGUCCAACGCGUACGGCUCCGCCCGGAGCCUGGAAGCUGGCCAUCCCCUUGUCCGGUGGUUUUCCCGGGGUCGCCUCUUCUUCCGCAGCCUCCGGCGCCUCCAGCGUGAGCGUGCAAGACAUGAUCUCUCGGGGGUGCCUCACGGAGGCGGCCGAGAAGACACUUAGCCACGGCGACCAUCACUUUGAUCGAAACGGGCGCCUGGGGCGAGGGCGUGCGAUGGAAAGAGACGCGCACGCCGAACAGGAGACAAAGAGAGCCUGGCACUCUGCGGGUGCGUUUGGGAGCGAACCUGCUGGUAUCGCGCGGCCAAUGCAGCGGCUCCAAGAGAUCUACCAGCCAGAGGCCGUCACUGCCUACCAUGGCUGCAUGUCGGGCGGCGCGCCACCGACGCGCAGCGGGCCUCUGUCGGGACCCGGAGCAGCGAAUUGGGAACCGAGACUGACAAUGCACGACGCGAAAGCGAGUCCGGGUAGCCUCGCGCGGCCUGCUGGCCAGCAGGGGACAGAGGAAACCCGGUUGAUCCCACAUGCACAGAUGGACAUGAUUAAUCCUUGUACGGUUCGUACCUACUUGACUCGUCAGGCUACGCAGAACCGUAGUUUAUCUGGACUGAAGUCAGCACACAAGGUGCUCGAAGGAGAUGGAGCUGGCGAGGUGCGCGAUCGCUGGGGAGGGGCUGUGUUAUCAGGCGCUCUUCGGCGGGAACCGGAAGGUCGCGAACGCGCCCGUCCCGGCUACAAGAACGUCGCGCACAAAGUGACGUACACGCCGCACCGUGCCCGCGAGAGAGACGCACGAAACCACUUUUUCCCCUCGGUCGUCGACGCGCCCUGUGCUCCGGGGUCGCUCUCGUCCCCAGGUGACAGCCAGGGCGACGGGCGGCUGACCUCUCCGAGUUUCCCCGGCUCGCGCGGAGACGGCGCGGCUGGACUGGGCCUCGCGGGCGCGCCAGGGCUGGGCACAUUUCUGUUUGAAGAGCGCCGAGAACCCGAUAAACGCGCACGCUGUGAAGGGCCGAACUGCGUAGGUCGCGGCCGGGAGAACAUGGCGCUGCAGCGAAAGGAGAAGAAGGGGUUCUCCGAGGAGACGCGAAGACAGGAGAAAGCAGACGGCGUCUCAGGCUUGAGAACAGACACGACGACUGGACUGCGCAGCGAGGUAGAGUGGACUGAGGAGACAUCGCUUGGAGAGGAGCAUGCGGAAAAGGGAAAGGAUGCGUUGUUGGAUUUGAAAUGCUCGGGGGACGGCUCUGGCAAAACAGAAGAGAAACUGCAGGUGCCGUGGACUCGUCUGCACCCUAGUCGUAGAACAGACAGUCCGUCGAGAGUCCGGAAGAGACAGGAGGCCCCCACAGGACGCAGAGCUAAAGUUGUGGAGACGGCGAAGGAGGCUGGAUGCCCUGGAGAUGCACUGCCACCGGACGAAGCCGCGCACAGGCCGUUCCGAAGUGUCUCUUCGUCUGCUCCUUCUUUGCCUCAUGCGUCUUCUUCGCUUUCGUCUUCUCCUUUCUCUGCGCGUGUGCCGGUGUCAGGUGUGCAGCCUGUGACGCGGCGAGGCCGAGAGAAGACCAAGAGGACCUCUGCAGGAGCGGAUGUUACUUCGCCUGCGAGCCGUCAGCCAUCGAACCUUUCGCCGGCGCUUCAAAUGCCCGCGAACAGAAAGGGGAAGUCGCUGCUCCGCACGAGCAAAAAAGAGUUGCGUGCUGCAGAGGGCUGGGCGGCAGAUGCCGAAAGCAAGGAGCAACCCCGGGGAGUCUCCAGCCGCCAGGCAACGAACACGGAGAAAAGCGAGAGUCGAGGCUCUCAGCAUCGAAGAAAAGAUAAGGGUCGGGAGCGAAGUGGUAAUGUGGAGAGAAGAGGCAGCCAGCACGAGAGAGACAAACUCCACACAUUCGGCGGUAGCGAGACGGGAACACCAGGGAGUCAACAGCCCGGUGGAAGCAGAGAAUCGCUUCUCUGGCGAACGAAAAACUCUGAAGACGAGGCCGCGAUGUGGAAAACCGGGUGA